UGGUGCAAUCUUGGCUCACUGCAACCUCCGCCUCCCGAGUUCAAGCGAUUCUCCUGCCUCAGCCUCCAGGGCAGCUGGGACUACAGGCGCCCGCCACCACGCCCGGCUAAUUUUUAUAUUUUUAGUAGAGACGGGGUUUCGCCAUGCUGGCUGGCCAGGCUGGUCUCGAACUCCUGACCUCAGGUCCGCCCGCCUCGGCCUGUCAAAGUGCUGGGAUUACCGGCGUGAGCCACCGCGCCCGGCGCUAUUCUUAUUAAUAACUAAGGGAAGCCUAUAGGGAAAACUCAGCAGGAAAUCAAGGACUUUUGGGAGAAAAAAGGAACCGAAAUAGCCCAGACUGGCGCUCCCCGGACCCUGCGGCUGGCGGCGCUGCCCACGGAGGGGGCGGGCUGGGAGUCCGGGAUCCGGGGGAGACGAAGGCGAAGGAGCUGCGGGCUCGUUUUGCGUCGGGAAAAGGUGAGGGCGGCCCUGGGCCUCCCGCGGGGGAAGGAAGAAAUGAAGCCACGUGACAGAGCUGAAAGCCGGGCCCGAGCGCGCCGCAGACCGGAUGCGGGAAGUGGUUCGGGGCCCCGUUUCCCCGCCCGGCUCCCGCGUCAGCUGACCUGGCUUCCGCGGGCCCUGCGCCCUCGCUCUCCCGGCCGCCCCGCGCCCCACUCCGCGCCCCACUCCGCGCCCGCCGGCCCGGCCCUCCCUCCGCAGCUAGCCCGGCCUCCGCGGCCUCUUCCGCCCAGCGCCCGGGCGUUCCUGCCAUUCCCCCGGGUCGGCCCGCGGGCUACGGCCGCCUGCGGAGCACGGGACCCUUCACCUCCCGAGGACGGGCGCCUUCACCUCCGGACCCGGCUCCCCUGCUGCCUGCGCCGCUCCGUCCCCCUGCAGCUGCCCAAGCCCCCAGCAAGGGCCACCGAGGGCUCCAGGAACGCCCCAGGCCCGUUCUUCUGGCCCACGGCUGUGACCCCCAGUGACCCUCCUGUCCCGCCCUGCGGCGGCGCGGCCGUCUGGAGACUGCAGCCUCCCAGCCUCGUGCCGGGUGGGGAGGGGAGGGCGGCGUUCCUGAGUCCGCGGAGGAAGGGGUCGCAGCUGCAGUCGCGCCAGCCCUCGGGCCUGCAUCCGCUCCGCUGCGACGCGCAAACAAACUGGGGAGGGGAGAAGGGAAGAAAGACCCGAUUCGGGAACACGACUUUGUCCCUGGAACUGCACAUCACGUCCCCUCACUUAAUCCUCACAAGACCUGUGGGGCGUGUCGUCAUUUUAGGGCUGGAGAUGAGGAAACCGAGGCUCGGAGAGAUGAAGCAUUGUGCGGCCACUGAGCGGCUGCUUUGCAACGAAGCCAAAGCCAACAUUUUUUCUUAGCGGCGCUAGUUUGAGCCACGCCUUACCGCAACUACUCUGCCAUCAGCCAAGAGGUCACAUCUUUUCUGGAACUUGCUCCCCCCUCACAUCAUGGGAGCAGUCAGGCUACUCUUCCAGUAGAAACUAUUUUGCCACUUUUGGGGGGAAUGUUGAGUUACCAACUCAUCUCUCAGGUCUUAGAUAACACUUUCCUUGACCCCGCAAGGUGCUCCAGCGCGUCUACUUCCGUUUUUGAUAGCCCUUAUAAUACCACCUAUUGCAAUUGCCCAUUUCCUUGUCUGUCUCCCUCUGCAGAUGGAGUGAAGGUGCCUGAACGCAGGAACCAUGGUCUUCAGUGCUGCCUCAGCAUUAGCUGAAGUGCCAUGGGCCGGCUCCCAGGGUACCAGAGUUUCCCACCAUUUGAGUACCAGUGAACUAGAGUCUGCAAGUUAAAGUAAGCUUCACCUCUACUCCCGGUCUCCCCUCUGCCCUCUUCCAGAGAGAACUUACUUGAAGGUCGAUGAUUUCUCUUGCUGAUUCCAUCUCGCUGCCCUCAAGUCCCUUCACACGCACCGGGUGCCGGGAACAGACUGCGUGGGCUCCUCCAGCCUCCGCCGUCUGAGUCUCUGCUGCUUUCUUCGGGUGGGAGAGAGCACACAGCUGGCGGGACAGACCUGCCAUUCAUCCCUCUGAUGUGGGAUGCCCGUCUUGGCUGCAGCCCCUGGGGGAGGUGUGCACAUGCACACACGUGUGAGUGUAUGUGUGUGCACAUGUGUGUGCUCCAGGAGGUGGCACAUGGCGCCUUUUGAGUUGGUAGUGACAGCAUCAUUUUCACCAGUGGUUCCAGUGACCUUCCAGUCCCAGCGGAGCCAUCUGAGGUCACCCAGCCUGCUUUGAGCUAGUAGCUUUACGACUGGCAAAGAAAUCCUGCGUAUUUAUCAAGGAAAUUGAAAAACAGCCUGAGGACAACGCUAUCUGACUUCACCGCUGAGUCCGGUCCCCAGUCGCCACGGGUGGAGUGACCUCCAGCACAGUCUCAAUACCGAGGCAGAGGGAUUUCCGUUGUUCUUUGCUUUGUUCCCUAUAUCCCUAAAAGUUUUUAAAAAAAUUGUAGUUUACCUAAUAGGCUCCAAAGCAUAGGCUUCAUUCUACAAAGUGAGUGAACAAUACGUUUUUAUUGACGGAUUGUUUGAUUCCUUCAACUCCUCCCUUGAUUAGCCAUAGAGGGAGCAGGGAGUAGUUGUACCUUCGAAGCCUGUUUACGCAAGUAGUGGUAUUCUCCCUACUUUUAAAAUAAAAUUACCAGGAGUGAGUCUUUUUUUAGAAA